CAGGGGCAAGAUGGCGGCGGCGGGCCGGUGGCGGGCCGGGCUGGCGCUGGUGGCGCUGGCGCUGGCGCUGAGGGGGCCGCGGGCCGAGCAGACGGAGGAGCACCUCAAGCGGGAGCACUCGCUCUCCAAACCCUACCAGGGUGUGGGCUCGGCCAGCUCGGGGCUGUGGGACCUGCAGGGUAACGCCAUGGUCAUGACCCAGUUCAUCCGCCUCACCCCCGAUGUGCAGAGCAAGCAGGGAGCCGUGUGGAACCGAGUGCCGUGUUACCUCCGGGACUGGGAGAUGCAGGUGCACUUCAAAAUCCACGGGCAAGGCAAGAAGAACCUGAACGGGGAUGGCUUUGCCAUCUGGUACACCAAGGAUCGCAUGCAGCCAGGACCUGUCUUUGGAAGCAAAGAUAACUUCCUGGGGCUGGGGGUGUUUGUGGACACCUACCCAAACGAGGAGAAGCAGCAGGAGGCUCAGAAGAGGAGGUACAGCCCGGGAAAUCAGCGCGUCUUCCCCUACAUCUCGGCCAUGGUGAACAACGGUUCCCUCACCUACGACCACGACCGGGACGGGCGCCCCACGGAGCUGGGGGGCUGCACGGCCAUGGUGAGGAACCUCAAUCACGACACCUUCCUGGUCAUCCGCUACGUGAAGAGGAGGCUGACGGUCCUGAUCGACAUCGACGGGAAGCACGAGUGGAGGGACUGCAUCGACGUGCCGGGCGUGCGCCUGCCCCGUGGCUACUACUUUGGGACUUCUUCUGUCACUGGAGACCUCUCAGACAACCACGACAUCAUCUCCCUGAAGCUUUACCAGCUGACAGUGGAGAGGACCCCGGAGGAGGAGAAGCGGGACAGGGAGGUCUAUCUGCCCGUCGUGGACAACCUGAAGCUGCCAGGAAUGGAGGCACCGCUGGAGCCCAUGAGUGGCCUGGCUCUCUUCUUGAUCGUCUUCUUCUCCCUCGUUGCCAUCGUUUUCGCCAUCGUCAUCGGAGUCAUCAUCUACAACAAGUGGCAGGAGCAGAGCCGGAAACACUUCUAUUGACUUGGGAAUACCCUGGGAUCGCCCAUGGCUAGUCCUUGGUAGCCACCUCCUGCCUCCCACCAUUCGCACACUGGCCAGAGCGUGCUGGACCGACCCCCAUGGCAGGGACCUUUGUGUCCCCCCAGAAUCCCACCGGGGACGGCUGCUGUUUCUUGUUGGGCUCCAGAACUCCAGUGCUGCUCCUGGUGGGAGCCGGGAUCCUCAGCGUGUCCUGUGGUGCCUGCAGGGAUGGAGCUGCCACCUCCUGAAGGAGCUUUGCUUUGGGAAUUGUUCAGGAGGAUGUCCGGACAUGGGCAGGAUGUGAGGGAUGCCAGCGAGCAGGGCCCGGCCGAGCGCCUGUUUCCACACCAGAUCCCACCACCAGAUUCCUCCUUCCUUCCAAGCAAUUCCACUUCCAGGAGGGAUUUUCCAAGCUGUUCACCCCACUCUGGCUGCUUUCUGUCACCUGCCUUAGGCUGGUGUUGGAGCCCAGGCAGCUUUUCUUUGUACUCAGAUCCCCGCACCGGUGCUGUUUGCAUGUCGUGUCGUGGCUUCUGGCACCUUUCCCCUCGGUGCUCGCUGCAUCCCAGGGCUUCCUCCAAGGAUUUCCCUGCCUUGGAGCCGGAGCUCUUGCUGCCUUUCAGGGAGUUGUGGUUCAAUCCUACCUCAGGGACUGCUUUGGUCAAUGAUUUCUUGGUGUUCUCUUGCUGGUUAUUGCAUCCACUCUCGCCCCUGGGGACCCCAGCACAAGAUGAUGGUCCCCAGAGGGACCCAGGAGAGGGAGACAUUUAGGUCGGUUUGUCCCAGGGGAGUCUUUAAUGGCUCUGGGGACAUCAGGAUGGCAAAUCUGCAGCCCCAUCCUUGGCAGCACCCUCCUCGAUGGCACCCUGGGGAGCUGUGCCCAUGCCCUGCAGCUUUCCAGGACCCUCACACCAGGAUGGAUCCCUGUGGAGGUCCCAGAGGUACGCGGGGCAGGGGGGGCACACACGUGGCUGGUUGGGGGGGAGCCUUUUUCCAAGUGCCCAGCACUGGUUGUGGUGUAAAAGGAGAGUUUUCCUGGUGGGUUUGGUCUCUUUUUGCCUCAUAACCAGGAGCGAAACGCGGGUGCCUCUCCCUGGAGCUGCUCUGGUGUCUCAGAAUAAACGUUGGUGCGUGUGUGA